AUGGUCUACAAUCCAGACGAGGCACCUCCAGGGUCCCGUCCGCCUUUUGAAGACCUAUCGAAGGACGGCAAUGACUGGGUGCCCAUGUACAGCCAUGGCUGCACGUUUGGCGUGGACGUCUUCAUCGACAAGAUGAUGAAUCUCAUAAAGAACCCAAACAUCAACUCGUCUUGGCUGUACCGGGCCGACAUACUCUACGACGAUCAGUGCCAGGUACAAAUCGGGGAGGGAGACGAGGCUUCACGGCCUCGAGUACGCGAGAUUGGGGACAUGGCCCGUGAUCGCAUCUUGGUCCGGACGUUGGUACCGCGGAGCACACGCAGGGAUGCCCCUCUCGACCAGACAUGCACUUUUCACACAGCACAUGAUUCAGAUGGUCGUGUGAGGUCACUUGUCUUGUAUACCCCUCAUAUCUCAGAUCCAGAGGAGAUGCCUUUUUACCACCCCAAAGUCAAGGCCAUAGCCCACCAUCACGUAUGGGACCCGACCACCAACUCGGGCAACAUAUCAGUACACUUCCUCCCUUAUUCCCAAGAAUUGCUACAGGACAAGAAAAUACAGAGAACAGCGUACCAUCUCCUCCAGGUACUGCACAAGCAUGGAGAGGGUUCAGCCUCGGGAUAUGUCAAACGAGUGCACCACGAUCUCAUCGUCCCGCAAGCCAGAUUCCAGGAUCACUAUGCUGCCUUCAAAUCCAAGUACUCGCGGGUUCUCAUCAGCGCAUGGGCUGAGAAGACGGAUCCCGUAAAGCAUGUUUUUGAGGACCUUGGCAUCGCCGCGUUCCUGAUAGAACUCUGGGCCGACAUGUACAAAAGCCCUGACGAGUUCCCUGGCUUUGUGGAUAUUGGCUGCGGCAACGGCCUUCUGGUCUACAUACUCAACCAGGAGGGCUAUAAAGGUUGGGGAUUCGAUGCCCGGUCUCGCGAAUCGUGGAAUAAGUACGGCAGUUCAGUCUCUGCGUCGCCGUCAGGCUACUCAUUGGAGCAGCGGCUGCUCUUGCCUAGCCUAGUGGCGGGAGAGCCAGAAGGGGGAGCUGACGAACUCACCGAGACAGACCAGGUGCACGACGGCGUCUUCCCCACAGGCACCUUCAUCAUAUCCAACCACGCCGAUGAGCUGACACCGUGGACGCCCAUCCUGGCUGCCGCUUCCGACUGUCCCUUUAUCAUGAUACCUUGCUGCAGCCAUAACCUUUCCGGCGACAAGUACCGGGCCCCGCCACCCCGAGACAAGACAAAGCCGUCAUCAACCUACGCCUCCCUGGUCGACUGGGUGACACAGAUUGCAGAAGAGUGCAACUGGGAGGUUGAGACAGAAAUGCUGCGUAUUCCCAGUACGAGAAACACGGGCCUACUUGGAAGGAAACGGGGUGAAAAAGUCGUUGAUCUUCAGGCCGUCAUCUGCAAGUAUGGUGGUGCAAAAGGCUACCGCGCCAACGUCGAGCAGUUGCUCAAAUCGGGACCCAGAGGCCAUUAG